AUGGCUAACCGCGACGAGUCUUCUCGAAACUUUAGAAUCGUGACAGCGCACCACGUUCACAGUAAGGCUAACCAGGAUUCUAGGAGAGAAAAUGCAGAUGAUGGUGUUUUAGAUUUUGUCAGAUCUGCUGAUGGAACUCGUAGUUCACGCCCAGUCCCUCGAACGGUGGAGGCCACGGUCGACAGUCUUCUCGAGUCCAUCGAUAAGGCUACGUUGAUCAGUGACCGACUCAACGACUUCAUGAAGGAUAACUCCAUGGAAAAGAUCGAGAACCGCGUCACUCAGAAAGUCCUUGCGCAGUUGAGACAAGAAAAAGGAGAGACCUCGUGCGCUAUGAAGGAGUUUCGCAUCUUGCGCGCCCGAAUUGAAUCGCAGAAGAAAUUUGCGAAAUUCUACGAGAAGGUUUCUAUUGGCAUCCAGAAGGGAGAGGUCAGCACCGCGGAAGUCGAUACUGGCAUCGACUUAUUCGAUGCCAUGUUAACCAUGGAAGCAGAUUCGGAGUCUUCAAGAGAUUCGAAAGAAGCCUCUGACGGCGAGCCAAGCUCCCCGUACGAAGUUUCGGUCGCAUUGCUCGAAGAGCCGUAUGUUAGACCACGUGAUGGAGCCCAGCCAGAAGACUUUCUCGGCUAUACGCUCAAUUACGAGACCUAA